AUGAACACGCCGGCAGCCGUCGAAGAAGAUCCCGCCAGUAAAAAAGGGGAGGCAACCGAUGACAAGAUCCUCGUGGCCCUCGCCACAUUAAUCGAUCGCCUGUCAAAGCUCGAGUCUUCGCAGCGCGUCCGGGACGAAGACGAGAGGAUGCUUGGAGCUGUCGAGAGCGGCUUGUUUGCAUCCAAGCUUGGGGCGAACGUGCGUGGACGCCCCAUGACCAUCAAUGCGCUUGGGCCGCUGGAGGAGAAACCGGCAGCACCUCGCGCGCGCACUCGCUGGCCAGUUGACGGCGAGUCGAUGUUCGCCUUGCUCGCGCUGCCGCGCGGACAGGCGUCAUCUCAGUGUCGCAGGUCGGCACGAGCAGCUGAGCCCAUGGUCGCGCAUGUCAAGAAACGACACAACCUGCGACGCACACGGCGGCAGCGAUAG